UGGGCGUUUCCAGUAAACAAGAAUGCAAAUUUGCAAAACUAUGCAAAAAUGCCGGGCAUGUUUUUGGGGUCGCAAUAACUUCUCAAUUCUGGAUUUGACCAAGAUUAAUUAGACUUUCAAAUUGCAAUUAUUGCAAGUAGUGCAAAACUUCCCGAAAUGGCGUGUAAUUACAUGGCUACUUUGGUGGAGGAAAUCGCCCUUGAAGGCCUCGAUGGGAUCACUCUGCAAAGUUUAUGGGUUCGGUUGGAGAGUCGCAAGGACAAACCGAUGCUCGUAGACGAUCCAAUGAAAGAGUUCCUUUGGCGACAAAUUCGACGUCUUUCGGUCGUCCAAUUUUUCCUACUGCCCAUACCUCGACCGAACAUGCAUCUCCCCAAACUAGAUCAAGGUCUAUGUCAAGAUCAAGAUGGCAAGGAGGCUGAGGAGAUUCUGCAAGUCAUCAUGCAGCACAUGAGUGUUCUGUAUCCCUUUGCGAUGGUGGAGCAGGACGGCGUCAAGGGCUCUUGCAGCACCUUCCACACCAGGGGUGAGCUGGACAGCUUGGAAUUGAUCAAUUUAAGUUUAGAAGAAUGCAACGAAAGAUUUGGCAACACACUAGUGAUUGUUGCAAAUCAGAACUUGCGCAAUUCGGCGCUGUUUGGCUCCAACCCUGUCUGGCUGGAAAUCAGCACCCAGCAAUACUGCGUUCUCGAGUGCAUCGGUCGUGGUCGCCACUUUGGGAUGUAUUCAUACGGACCUUCCAGUCUCCAGGAGCUUCUCAAGGCGGACCCGCGAAGCAUGUUUUACAUUCGGAACAAACUGCUCCUCAAAGGGAUCGUCACAAAGCAGAUGCACAUACUGCGCGCCACAAAUACCAUGUGCCGAUCGUACCUGCUGAUGCUCUCACGCUUUCACACAAUCUACAAGUCCAACAUGACGGUUCGACAGGAGAAAAUUCUACACACACUUCUGCUGGCACCGAACAGUCAGAUGGCCUACACUGACCUCAGGGAGGUUGUUGGCAUGGACCCUCUGCCCUUCAAGAAGAUGACGCAUGUCAUGCAGACAAAUGGAGUCAUUGAAUUUAAACCGAAUGUGCCCUACCGUCAAGUUUAUCCAAAUGCACUGGAAAAGCAUUGCGUGACCAAGGCUGGAUCUGAAAAACUUUUGAGAAUCAUCAUCCUGAAAAGAGACACCUUGGAAGAGGUAAAACCUGACGGUGAAGACGAUUCUGAUGACGAGGACAAAGAAUUUCCUGGCUUGUUAGAUCAGACUAACCAGACUUUGGACCGUACCCUGUUGUACCAGGCCUAUCAGGCAACGGAAAUUGCAGGCGAAGAGGGCUUGACCCAAAGGCAACUCGGUUUAAUGCUUGGCCUGAGCAAGUUGGACAGCCGAGCCGUUUGCAAGCAGCUCACCAAAGAGGGUUUCGUCUCCCUUCAAAUGAUUGACCAAGGAAAGCAAAGAAUCACCAAAUACACUGCCAUUCGACUGCAACGCAAGGACUACAAACUAGCUCUCGAAAAGGAGAAGUUCAUUGCUCUGACGGGCAGUGCGUUGCUUUUAGAUAACUUGAUGUACAGUGGAAACAGGGCACCACAAAAUUUCGUCCUCAAAGAUCUAACUGAUUCCGCUUUGGACAUCAGUGUUGGUGACGACGUCCAGGUUUCAGAGAUGGAAAUUGAUGUCAGAAAUCCACUAGACUUGAUUGAUACACCUGAAGAUGAAAAUGCCAUCACAUACCGAACCCUGAAAAGAGUCAACCUCGUCCUUAGCCUUCUGUUUAAACACAAGGUCAUUUCCGACUUUGUCAUGCUCCAAAAGUUGAUUUGUGAAGAGGAGACUAGGGAAGGCUAUCAGUACAAAAUUGACCGCAAGAGUCUUUUUCGUCUCAUCGCCAAAAUGCGCAAGGCAAAGUGCAUUAACUUGUACAAAGCUGUCAUCAAUUCAGACUCUGCACCAAAAUCCCUUACUUUUGUCUGCCAUAUGGACGUUGACAGCAACAACUCUCUGAUCCAAAGCGAGAUUGAGCAAGCAAAGUUGCGUUUCAGCGUGAAGGAAAAAGAAAAGGAGUCAAAUGAACCAGUGGACAACAUGUCCUUCAGCGUUUCACAGCUGCAUCAACUUGCAAGGCCUGAUGCAUUGUCGGAGAAUUUGGAGGUUGACACAAAUAAUACAUAUGGUCACUGUUCUCGAUUUGUGCGGAUUCGACUGAUGCACCAGUUCAUCUUCUACCUUGUCUGGGACUACAGUGGAAGUGUUAAUCUUGAUCAAAGCAUUGCCAGAACGCAACUUCUCAGGCAAAGAGUUUCCGUUCCUGACGACUGCCCACAGAUUUUCCGUUCUUCAAAACUGGACUAUCGAACCUUUGUCCCACCACUACCAGUGCAUGAAGAUUGGUCAAAGGGCUGGGCCUUGCUGGCCGAUAUUGUCCGCAGAGUGCCACUGGUGUUGUUCACACGAUUAGUGCGUCUGCGGUACAUUGUUCCUGGUCUCUCGGAAUACCUGUCCGACCCGGUGCGACGGAAUUACAUGCUGGGACAGCUCCCUGGGCAAAUGCGAGCCAACAUCCUCGGCAACAGCCGAAAGUAUGUUUUCUCCAUCUUUGAGGCUGUGCAGAAGCUGUGCUAUGUUGGCUUGGUUCAGUUUGGACCUCAAAGGCUUAAGGAAAAGGAUCAGCUGUUUGUCUAUGUCAAUCGGAAAGGUGUGAUACUCGACACAACUGCAACUCCUCCAAGAUAUUUCCAGAUUGAUUCUAACUUGUCAUACCCUCGACAUUUGCACAUCUUAAACUCUUUGGCAGACGUCGAGGCCUACUGGGCUGAUCUGCACACUAUUUGCAUGUCGACCAAACUGGGACAGAAAGCAGAUGAUGUUGGCCAAGAGAUAACUUUAGAAAGCAUUGACACAAAACAUGUUUUGGUUGAGGCUUGUUCGGUUCGACAGGCUAAUGAGGCUGAAAAACUUGAUGUUGGUUACUUGCCUGGAGACCAGUUGGGUGCUGGAGGGUUGGACUCGGCGCUGUUCAGCCACUUAAGGCGGAAUUGGAAUGGUAAAAACAUUCCGAGGGAUCUCCGUCUGAUCGUCAUGAACCAGCCAAAGCCCAAGCGACUUCCACCCAGACCUAAAAAGGCCGUGCAAAGGGUGGAAGUCCGGCCUAGCACCAGCACAAGGAGGGCAAAGGCGCGCAUUACAAAGAGAGUUCUCAAAAAGCGCAUCCAGAAGAAGAAGGUUCAGGUCGAAGAGCAAAUCAAAUUCAGAUUCCGAGUUUCCUGGGGAAGAGACGAAGACCGUCUGCUCUGUCUGUGCAAAGCAGCCAGUAUAUUUUUGACUAUUGAAGAUGCCAAUAACAAACUGCCUGUCCAGCCAGCCGUGAUUGUUAACAUUCUGAAAAGACAUGCUCAUCGAGCGACCUUGAAGAAUGGUGCUCAGUGCUUGAGACGGAUGAAAAGUUUGUACACUAAAAAUGAGUCUUUCCGAGCACGUGUUGCUUUGUACUUAGAAGCAGCACAUCAGUGUCCCAACAUCAACGCAAUUUUCUCAAAACUGUUGAAGAGGUUGCGAGCUUUAAAACUACCGGCAGAACAAUAUGACAAAAUGUUGGAGAGCAAAUUUGAAGCGUUGGUUCUGAUGCUGCAGGAAAAGCAGGAACAACUGGCGAUUGUCGACCGCACCUUUGACACUCUUUUGCUGCCAGAUUCGCUUGACGAGUUCCAUUACCAUUACCAUGUUAUGUCUAUCCUUGAUCCUGUCGAGGACAGGAAAAAGUACCCCCAACCCUCAUAUGAUGAUGACAUCAGACACUGCACUCUUCUCUCUCUACUAUUUAGUUCAAUAGGCUUGUAUUUGGAGAGAGAAAAAUACUCAUCGCAGUUGCUGCACGUCUUCCAGCAGUACACAGACCAGUGUUUGCACAGGGCUGUUGAUUGGGCUAGAAAAGUAGGAGUUGUCGUCAUCAAGAACAGAAAGGACAAGUCCGCGGCACAGAGGUCGUUGCUCAUCCCUCUUGUUGCAUCACCCUAUCAUUUCUCCGUUAGCUUCUAUUACUUGUUGCAAAGCAAAGUGCCUUUCGAAGUCUUCCAGGAGGCACAAUCUCUGCUGAAGCCAUUUCAAACUGAUCCUACAGUGACCAUCAAAAUGCCGAAAGUGUCAGGCGGAUCUGUCGCUGUACUUAUGGAAGGUCUUGCAACAGGGAUUUUGUCUGCUGGUGUGGACAUUUCCAGUCAAAACCUUCGGGUCGAGUUUGAGCCUGACAUUAAUCCAUCUGAGAGACAGUUGUUGUCAAAAGCAUUCAAAGUUAUAGCCGAGUGCCAGAAAAAGCUCGACAGCUACCAAGAAUCAGAGGCUGAUGUAGUGAUUCCUUCCAAGAGGAUGAAAGUGCCCUGCACAGUAAUCACUCGGGCCGAUUUCUCUGACGAGGAGGACGAAGAUGCAGACGAGGCUCUGCAGAUACAGGUGGACGAGCGCAACCUGAGCAACAAGGAAAGGGUAGUCAAGGAGAAUGUUGAGGCACGACUUGCUUUUUACUCCAAACGGGAGGAGCUUCAAGAAGCACGCAGCGUCAACGAGAAACGCGACAGACGCGCUCGACUGACCAUCGAACCUGCGGCCAUCGUCUGCACCAAGGUGUGCGAAUUGCCCCUCAGGGAGGAGGACAAGCGGCAACUGAUUGAGGAACUCACAAAUGGAGCUGUAAUUCCUAAACACUGUCCAAGCUUGAUGGAAGUUUUGCAAUCAUACAAUGAGUUGCACGCAGCUGAGCCAGACAUUUUGAAUGCCACCAAAAUUAUCCAGCUGAUCUCCAAUGCAAAGGAACUUGGGCUCAGCAUCCACCAACUUAAAGAGCAGUUUGACACAGGAUCUGGUGUGAUUACACUGAGAAAUCACCUUACCCUGCUCUCGUCAAUCGGAGUAAUUCUGCGCACAGGCGUCAACGCUGCCACCUAUGUCCACUCGUCAUUCUCUUCUCCCUGGUUGCUUGACUCUGAGAAGUUUCCUGGAGGAAAAUCCAAGGAGGCUGUUCCUGUCGUUGUUUCUGUGCGUCCGUGGAUCCGUGUUGACGGCAGUUUGAACCGCAGGGCCCUCGACAGGUACCUGGGCGCUGUGCUGAACUUCCUUCUCUGCACUCCUGGAUGCACACUUGUCGCCAUUCAGAACCGAUUCCUGCCUGCGAUGCAACCCUUCCACGUUCAGGAACUUGUUGAGAUGUUGUGCACUCUAGGCUGUUUGUCAAGCACAGUAGUCAGGGAAAUAGGAACUAAUGAUAUUUUUGCUGAUCCUCCUUUAAUUGAAUUUGGUCUUGCAGAUUUCACAGAGUUAGAGGAUUCAAUUGUUUUGGAACCAACUGUUGAUGCAAUUAUCAGACUGUCUCAAUUCAUUGGAAAGAAAGAGUACGGAAGCAACUUCUUGGAAGAGCUCAAGACUGCCUGGAAUCUUGACACCUAAGUGUCUUGUUUCAACUUUUUGUAACACGAAUGAGUAAUAAAAACCAACGAAAAUAAAACAAA